AUGUCAUUAAAUUACAACCCUGACCCAUCAUCCCUCAUCAAUACGAAAUGGGAAACGGUCUUUCUGAGCGAAAGAGAUGUCGCCGGCCAAAUUCCAAUCAACUAUAUCACAAGCGCUGGCGUAUCCGUGACAGCAGCAUGCUUUGGCAACAAUGUAUUCGAGACGCAGUCCGCUGAACAAUGUAUAUCCAAUCUAUUAUCGGUUGGAUACCGACGCUUUCUCGUCGACCUGUACUGGUCGGUGGACUCGCGGGCUUGGACGUUUUGUCCAGUGGCCAUUCCAAAGAAUGUCCCCGUUGUCACUGUUUCUACGACGCCCACAAUGACCCCAACUGCAAAUGCCAGUGCUGCUCAAAGUACUGCUACCGUCGUUUCCAGUUCAUCAGGAUGGCCGGUCUAUGAGCUAGGCCCCUAUCUGUGCUCAGACAACCUCGAUCUAUCCGGCCUCAUCGAUGUCUUCCAGGAUUACUUCAAAGACACAACGUCUCAGUUGAAUGUGUACAUCAGAUACCUAACGUUCAACCUGCAUGUUGCUGCUAGCGCUGCCGCUCCAGAACAGCCUGCAUCGAAGGUAUCGGGUGAUGGACUGCCGUCCUUUUCUGAGCGAGUUGAUGUUUUGAUGGAUAACCGCCUUUUUCACUAUAUCUACACACCGGCACAGCUGGUCGAUGAGCGCAGUAACCUGAACGAGUCGUGGUAUGAAGUUGAUGAUGGGUACAAGCCUAUUACCGAAUACUUCACUACUUACGAACUCUCGGAUGGUACACAAAGUACCCCGGACGGCUGGCCGGGCUCGAAAUAUGUGCAACUUGCAAAAGAGCGCCGUCUCUUUCUUGAGUAUGGCUCUGUGGACCCGCAGCUCGAGGACUACAACUUGUCUGCGGGUAAAAGCGAGGUCAUCUUUCCUCCAAAAUACCUAGCAUCCUUAGUACUCGCGCCUUUGGCCGAUGAAGGGGAUUUGGAUUACGGUUGCCUCUAUGACGCAGAUGCUUCCCAGGUAUCUCAGGUGAACUCCUCUUGGGCGCUCUCAAGUAGCCUGUCUCAGCCUCAAGGCUUGAAUGAGACCUAUGCCUUGCGUGAAUUGUCAGACAGGGUUGUAAAUCUAACCGCGUGUGGGUUAACACCAAUCCUCAAUAGCACCCUAUUCAAUAUGACCGCCGACAAGGCAGUCGCACCAUAUAAAAAUAUCUCUCUAUCUUCUACGUGGGCAUGGGCGGAGGGGGAACCCCAGGGCGCAGAUGUGGCCGACAAUAUCGAUUCACCCCAACAUGACCGAUGCGCGAUCAUGGACGUGUCACUAGGCGGCCACUGGCGCGUUGCGAACUGUACAGAUGUGCGGCGUGUAGCCUGCAGAGUUGCGAACUUACCGUAUACCUGGACAAUAUCCAGUGCUGCACAUAGCUACAGCACAGCCUACUGGGAAGCUUGCCCAGAAAACACGACCAUGGGAGUUCCUCGCACAAGCCUAGAAAAUACCUACCUGUACCGAUACCUCCUGACUCAACCAAUCAAUAUCAUUGAUCCCACCUCUCCAGACCCCGCUAUGCGUGAGGUCUGGCUAGACUUCAACUCCCGGGAUAUUACGUCAUGUUGGGUGACUGGUGGGCCUAAUGCUAAAUGUCCGUAUGCGUCGGAUCCUAAACAGCUGGAGAAAAAAACAGUGCUGGUGUCUGCUAUCGCAGGCAUCGUUAUUUGCAUCAUCACCGCACUGACACUAUUUGUCAAGUGUAACACCAACAGGCGCAACUCGAGACGAGGCAAGAGAAUCAUCCAUGGAUGGGAAUAUGAAGGUGUCCCUUCGUAG